AUGAAAUUCGCUGAAUUCUUAUUAAACAAUAUUAUUCCGGAGUGGACAUUAAUGUAUUUGAAUUAUAAGGCCGUAAAAGCCUUUUUAUCUACUUCUGGAGCUCUCAAAGAUUUCCUAUUCUAUGCCAAAAAAACAAAGAGCACUGAAGAGUACAGGGAUAUAAAGAAAGUCGUUAUGGAGAAAACUUAUAUCAUAUCAAAAAUCUUGGCUGAUCAGAAGGAAUUCAAUAAAAAAUUCAGCCAAGAGUUGUCUAAGAUAAGAUCCUUUAUCAACGCAAAAUAUAAUGAUUUGAAGGGCAAGACUUAUAAAAUUUAAUUAUAAAUUUUGUCUAUGAAUAGAUAAAGGAGAUCACUAGAGAGGAGCAAAAAGCGUUCAGUAAUACAAGUAAAUUCCUAGGUAGCCGAAGAAUUAAAUGAGUAAUUAACUAACAAAUAAAUCAAGGUCUAAGAGUCAGACUUCAAUUAGAAAUGCAUUAAGUUGAAAGAAUUAUGUUUUUAACUCUAUAACGAAGGAGGGAACUUUGAGAAGUAUUUAAAAAUCAACCAAGAAGCUAUUCGUAAACUUUUAAAGAAAUAAAUUAAGAAAUCCAUUAAGAUGAAUUCAGAAUAAAUAACUUUGGAUGAAUAUAAGAAAUUGGCUUCAGAAAUCAAUUUUGAAUAACAACAAAAUAAAGUCAAAUAGUUGUUAUUUCAAGUCGAGAAAUACCUAUUAAAACACUUCUAUUAAACCAAAUAAUAAGUAUGUAAGGAAUAACUUCGUAAAUAUCAAUUUCAAAAUUAUAAAAAUAAUAACGCCUGGUUUUAGUUUGGUCUAUUCACAGGCUUUUCAUUGAUGCUAAUGUGUUUCAUCAUAAUCUUAGCAAGUCAAAAAUAGUUGAACAUUUUGAACAACACUAUUAUUUAUGAACAAUUUCCUAUUUACAGAGGAGCCUUGUUGUUUAUCCUAUACUAUUGGUCCUUAACUAUAGUUAUUUACUUAUGGAAUAAAUCCAAGAUUAAUUAUAAAUUAUAUUUCUGCUUCAAUCAUCAUUUCUCUACGAUUAACGAGUAAUUGAAAAGAGUGAUGAGCUUGACCUCCAUCUUUUUGCUAGUUAGUCUCUUUUAUAUAUGUGAUGUUUCUAAAAUGGGCAUUAUAUUUUCAAAUCUUAAAGGAGAGGAGUACUUCCCAUUGAUAAUCUGGAUUUCUCUUUUGGCAACAGUUGCAUUUCCUUCUAAAUUUGUUAUUAAUGGACAAGGUCGAUUGUGGUUUUAUCGUAAUUUGUGGCAAAGCGUAAAUCUGAAACUAAUAGAAUAACGCCAUUUUUUCAUAUUCAGCCAGUUCACUUCAUUAAUUAUCCCAUUUAGUGACCUCGCUUAUACGAUUUGUGAAUAUUCAAAAGGAGUACGUAAAUUGAUUAAUAUUAAUAGAUCAACAAUCAAGAGGAGACUGACUUUAACUAGUACGACGAAUGCUUUUUUAUUUCUAGAUAUUUCACAUUGGCAUUGGUGUUGAUCCCUUACUUCAUUCUGAUGAUUUAGAUCAUAUUUUUGACUUAAAAGAAGAUGAACGCCAACCUUUUCGUAAUAGAAUUCAUAAGAAACAUAUUUUCCAUUGUUCUGAUUAUCUUCGCCACUUUAUCCUAUUAGGAAUCUAGCUUUUUUUAUUAUUGGUUGGGAAUGGCUAUUUUUAUUGCGUUUUUGAAUAUCGUAUCUAGUAUUAAGAAAUGGAGUUAUUUGGAUGUCAAAGAAAAGAGAAAAAAGAAAUAAAUACUUUCUUAUAAAUAAAAAUUAUUAAUAAUAUACCUACCCUUUGGAAUUCUCCAGCCAUUGGCAAUAUCCACCUCUAUCUUUGGGUGCUUCGAUAAGAAGGAACAACACAGUCUCCUCAUCUUGUAUAUAGGCAUAGUAGAAUUGAUACGAAGUAAUUAUCACAUUGAUAUUUAGGAAUGAUUAUCAACUAUUACAUUGUUGAUGCUGAGCACUUUAGACACAAGCAGAAGUAUCAAUCAGUUGGUGAGUAUGAGUUUCCUUUUGAAGAUUGUUGUACCAAGAUACAACAAUAACAACUAUUGUAAGAGAAUAAGAAAUUCUAUUUAGAUAAUAUGAAAUUGAAGAUAGUGAAGAUGACGAGAAGGACUUGAGAAGAGAGGAUAAAGAUUAGAUCACAGAAAUUGAAGUUAUCAUCACUCAAAUUGAACCAGAAGAUUAAAAAAGAAAUGAUAAAGGACUUGCCUCAUAGGGAAAAUUGGCAUCAGACUAAGUUGAGAAUCAUAAUUAGAAGGGAGCUAAGUAAUUUGGAAUAUCUGAACUGGUAGUUAAGGAAUCUGAAAAAGGUUUGGGAGAGAGCUUCUUCAAUUACGAUAUUAAUGACUUUAAGCCGGAUGAAUUGAAUCAGAUUAUCAAUUGUUAACAAAUAUCAGAGAGCGAUAUGUAGAGUUUGCACGUCAAUAAUAAGAAUUCUAAGGAGGAAAUAAAUAAAUUGUAUGAAGAGUUCGGUAUCAAAAUGAAAUGA